AUGAAAGCCAGGCGAGAUGAUACCGACAUCUCGAUCCCCAGUCCAUAUGCAGGCGUCGGACCUGUGAUACCGGCAGGGUCCGACAUCGUCUUCCCAGAGAAACAGCCGCGGAACAAUGCGGCCACGGCUGCCUCAGCCGCCGGUGUUCGUGCCUUGAGCGCCCAAGCCAUCGCCUUCUACUUCCGCGCCCCCGUCAAGGCCUUCUUCCGCACCAGGGUCGACUAUCUGGCGUAUGCGCGCUCUGUCCACCAGGCCCAGACAGACCUGCUGCGGCAAGCUGCCGUCAACGACAAGUCCCUGUCUCGCUUCGGUCUCGCCUUGCAUCAGACAUGGCUCUGGAUGCGUGGCACGACCCCCGGCGUCCUGACCAGCGCCGUGAAGCACCAGGGGUGGGCCGUGAUACCGCAGCAGGUACUGCCCCCUCUCAUGGCAAACGUGAGCGUGGGCGCCGUCCUCUACACCAGCUAUCUGCAGAUCCUCGGACACCUGCACCCCGAGAGCGGCAAGGCGAGCAAGCGUGUCUACCCGCCACCUGACCCUAGGCACACGUUUGCCGCUGGGUUUCUGGCCGGCAGCCUCCAGAGCGUGGUGGCCGCCCCCUUGGACGCCAUCCAGGCAAGGUUUGACCACAGGGACAUGAUGCCCGUAGACGGCGGAGGACGGCCCAAGAGCAUGUGGGCCUUCAGCGCCGAGAAGCUGCGGGAGAUUGGACUCCGAGGUAUAUUCGCCGGCUGGGGCCUGAGUUUCCUGAAGGACGGGUUUGGGAGCGCAGUCUUCUUCAGCGCCUUUGAGUACAUCAAAGCGCAGGGCUACUACAGUUUCGUCACCUGGUACUACGGCGAUCUGAGCGAGGAUAUUGUCAACCUGCUCGCCCGGAAACGGUCGUCUGCUCGCGAGAGGCCAGCCAUGGCCGAUGCGGGUGGUUCGGAAAAGAGCAAGGCGACCGUCAUCAGGCCGCACUACGCCAUAGAACCGGCCUUCCUGUUGCUGGCAGGAGUCGGCGCCUCCUUCGCGCAACAGGUGCUUCUCCACCCCCUCUCGCACGUCCAGGUUAAGCAUUGGGACCACCUCGAAGAUCUGGACGCCAAGGCUGCACGGUUGAGGGCAUCCGCUGCGGCCAACCCGGACCAACCCCGCCGACGUUGGAGGAUGCUAAGGGCUUACUAUCGAGCGUACCAGGAAACAUGGGCUCAAUGUGCUGCUGAGGCCAAGGCCGAGGGUCUCGGACUCACGCGUUGGUUUUAUCGAGGGUUCUGGUGGAAUACGAUCCGACAGGUACCGAGUACGAGUGCCGGGCUGAUCAUCUUUGAGCUCCUGAGGAGGAAGUAUGGCCUUGGAGGCGACGAGGUCAGGAUCACACGGGAUGGAUACGAUAUUCUGUUACAUUAG